AGAUUCAGUGUGAAAUACUGUAUUUCCUUCCGCAACUGUGAAUAUAUUUGAUUAUAUCAUAAUAUACAUAGUUCUGCACAAAAAUGGGAACGUGUGAUGUUAAAGAGGAACAACCAAACUCACAGGCCCUCAACUGACCCUUUGAGUUUGUUAUCCCUCGAAAAUCCUUCAAUCAACUUUGUUGGCUAAUCCCCGCCACCCCCACUUCAUUUAGUUCUUAAGGAAACUUGGAGACUCACCAAUAAGAUUAAGUGGCUCAAACGUUUACUCUCAGUGACUGUUCUACUAACACAUCAAACGCCUUUGUGUCCUCAGCAAAGUGACUGUGCAGGAGGAUCGUCGCCAGUCAACAGAAAGACUGCCUUUUACUGGAAUACCACGGCAACCAACCAGGCCCACAUGGAUUCUUUUUGACAACUCAGCAAGUUUGCGUGUGCCGGGACACUCAUUUUCCGGCAGGGUUUCCUAUUGUGCUUUUCUCUCUCUUUUUUUUUUUUUUUUUGGUGCUGUGUCGUCAGGGCUGACUUCCUGCUUUUAACCACAGAUGCAAUGGCUGUAGAUGGCGCUCAGCCGCAGAGACGUUUGCAAAGUCGCCGUAGCACAAUCAACUGCCUGUCAAAAGGUGCAGGAGACAAGAAGACGUUUCCGUUUUCUCAAAAGAAUGCAGUGAAAGCGUGGAGCUCUCUGGAGAACCUGGACUCUCCGGAGUGCCCGGCGGGGGAAGAGAAACCCUACCAGCAUCACAGCAUCAAGGUUAAUGUUGGCGGCAAAGUUUUCCACAUCCCCAAAAAGUGUGCCAUGAAAUAUCCUCACACUCGCAUCGGCUCCCUCGCGGCCAGCACAGACAGAGCCCGACUCAUCACCCUCUGCGACGACUACUCGGUAAAAAACAAUGAAUUCUUCUUUGACCACGAUCCUGCUUUUUUCCACCACAUCUGCCAUUUUUAUGCCAGCGGAGAGCUGUGGGUCAUCAGAGAAAUGUGUCCAAUCAACUUUGAGGAGGAGAUUGCAUACUGGGGCUUGAGCCUCGAGGACACCACGCGCUGCUGCUGCAUGGUGCUCGAGGAGAAGGUGGAUGAAAUGAAGGACAACCUGAAGGUGGAAAGGGAACUCAUGGCUGAGAUCGAAGUCAAGUACGACGAUGAGUUAUUCGAGGACAUGCUGUUUGGGAAGAUUCGAAAAAGCCUGUGGAACAUCGUGGAGAAUCCUUACUCUUCGAUUCCGGCCAAAGCGUUCAGCGUGGUCUCCAACCUCUUUGUCCUCUUUUCUAUUGUGGCAAUGUCUCUCAACACGGUGGAGGAGCUUCAAAACUUUCGAGUUGGGGGAAAACCCCACAUGGAGUGGGUGGAGAUCGUCACCAUUGUGUUCUUUGCCUUGGAGUAUUUCACUCGCCUUGCCACCACGCCAAACCUGCAAAUCUUUUUGAGGAGUGGGCUCAACUUUGUAGACAUGGUGGCAGUCAUGCCUUAUUUCGCCCAGAUCAUCUUGGAAGCCGCUUUUGGCUCGGGGGACGGGAACACACACGAAGACCUCAGGACCCUGGCGAGCGUCAGCAAGCUCAGUCAUGUCCUAAAAGUGGUCAAGCUGCUGAGGGUCUUUCGCAUUUUAAAACUCGCCCGCCACUCAACCGGCAUGAGGGCCUUUGGGUUCACGCUGCGCCAAUGCUACCAGCAGGCCUCGUGCAUAUUGCUCUUCAUUGCCAUGGGAAUUUUUACUUUCUCUGCUCUCCUGCAUUCGGCCGAGAGGGAGACGGAGGGUUCGCCCAUCAGCAGUAUUCCGCAUGCCUGGUGGUGGGCUGCACUGCUGGUGGAUUAUCAGAUGGCUUCAUAUAGUGUACUCCAUAAAAUGUACGCCAACAUACCAGCGCCGCAGCUUGUAACUCGCCACCACGUUCAACAGAGACGUAUACAACAAGUCAGCAUCUCCACCGUGGGCUAUGGGGACGUGGUCCCUGUGACCAUUCUGGGCCGCAUCGUGGCCUUUGGCUGCAUCUCCUUCGGAAUCAUCCUGAACGGAAUGCCUAUCUCCUUCCUUUUCAAUAAAUUCUCAGAUUACUACGCCAAGCUAAAGGCCCAAGAGUACAACACAAUCUCAGUCCAACGCCGCUUGCAGCUGCGGAGACGCCUUCGACACAGGAUGGACACGUGUUUUCAGCCCACGGAGGGAGUGGAGAGUCGUUCCAAAACAUCCAGUGGCAUUCCUCAUUCAACCGAUGGUUGAGAAGCAAAAUUCAAACUUUAGUUUGAAAUCAUUGGUGCCUGCACAUGAAAGUGAUGAUGACAAAAGUGUAGACAGUACAUUAAACAAUACAUUGCUUGUCCAAAUACAUAACUUAUGAGGACCAAAUAUAAAUGACUUGUUAGAAGUGUGACAGUUUCCCACAAAAUGUUUUUUGUGGGAAACUCUUAACACUUGAUACUGUAAUACCACUCAACACUUUCAUUUGGUUAAUAAUUUGUAAAAAUAUCACCCACCUAACCUACACUUGUUUUUUUUUUUCCCCAAAAUGACUGACCUUACCUUUUGAAAUCCAUACCACUGUUAUUUGAACAAAACACUUAGAAUUAAUUAUUCAAUUAAAUACACUGAAUA